AACCAACUUCAUACCAGCCUUGGUACAAGUUUUAAGCCCCCUCCACCCAAAGAGAGUUUAGAAAAGGUAAAAAAAGUAAGUAGGAAGACAAUGACAGGACAAGGCUCUUCUUGUGGUGCAUGCAAGUUCCUAAGAAGAAGGUGCAUGAUGAAGGAAUGCGUUUUUGCACCUUACUUCAGUUAUGACCAAGCUGCAACCCACUUUGCAGCAGUGCACAAGGUGUUUGGUGCCAGCAAUGUUUCAAAGCUAUUACUUCACUUGCCUGUAAACUAUCGAGGAGAUGCUGCAGUCACGAUUGCUUAUGAGGCCUUAGCUCGCAUGGGGGAUCCAAUCUAUGGUUGUGUUGCUUACAUCAUGACCCUCCAACACCAGGUUUCCAGCUUACAACAGGAAAUCGAUAUUCUUAGCCACCAAAUGGCUUCGAACUCUGUCGUUGGGCUUGCUGGCAGCUCUGGUAGUUUACGUGCAAGUUCUUCUGCCUCAAACUGUGAGACACAGCUUUCUGCAUAUCCAGAUCCUAUCAACACACAGUGCCAUCAGAAUCAAGGAAAUACAAUCGCUAGAAACCAAGAUUUUGAUAGCAAGAUGACCGCAGAGCUUGCCACUGUGUAUGGAUGGGAAGAUCAGAGCCUAUUCUCCAACUCUCCCCCAUACAGCUUAGACGAACUCCUUAAAGGAGUCGACACUGAGAUGUUUCCAUGUUGGCCUGACAGCAGAAACAAUGGCAACUAAGAAGCACCAUAUCAGGCUGGGAAGUGGAUCAGCUUGUAUAACAGGAGAUUCUUUUGACCCCAAAUUUGGGCAAGUUUUGUUGUAUCUCCACAUUUUAUAAUUAGAAAUGUAGAUUGUAAAGUACGGCUUUCAGUUUCAAACCAAAAAAUGGAACUUCAGCAAGCUUCUAAAUAUUUCACCAUCCAGAACAGAUCAACCACACAAGUUAAAGUUAUCACUUGACUGUAGAUGAACGAAAUGCCUCAGUAUUCGCACGAUAACGAAAUAUAUACUGCAUACCAUU